AAACGAGGUGCACAACUAACGCUUCUUAUCUUAUCAAUUUAUUGUAAUUCUUGUCCCAUUUAAGACUUACAGGAGAGGAAUGAGGACUCUUUUAAUUGUCGUUGUAUUUGUUUGCUGCGUAGAUACAGCAACGGGAUACUGUUACGCAGAAGAAGUUCAUGAAGACCAAUGCACGACGAGAGAUGGUGUAACAAUACCAGCUGGGAGCGAGCUUCAUUUUCCAGACAAGUGUGAGAAAUGUACAUGUUCAAGUACCCCCGGUAAAACGUCAUUAUUUUUGUCAUGUUGCGGUUAUGGCAUACACGCUGGUGUUUAUGCUCCGCCGCCUGGUUGUAAAGUGAUUGCCGGAGACGACGGUUGUUCCGUCAAGAUUGUUCAGAUAACAGACGAAUCUCAACCAUGUUCGCAUUAAUGAGCAUCAUAAUAAACGAAAGUCUGUAAACGAUAAUAA